AUGAGACUGUCGUGGCCCAGAGCCAACGAUCGGAAACGCGCCAUACUGGGGAAGCCGACAACGACCAGGGUAGAUGGUGGCCUGACGUUCCCAGUCCGGAUCGUCAAUACAUCGUCUUGGGACAUCGAAUGCCAUCACUACUUGAUCAGUUCCGACUCCCUCGCAUGCCCGCCACGCAAAGUCCCCCAGCCCAUGUCAUGGAGCCCGGUGAAGACGGACACCGAUAGUGAUUUGCUGCAGUACUUCAAAGUCGUCGUUUCCGACUCUCUCACCACCGUCAGGCCAGAAAUGGCAACAUUGCGUGACGUUCUUAUGCCGAUGGCCCUGUCCAACGCACCCCUAUCAGAGGCGGUGCUGCAGUCUCUACUCGCACUCUCGUCGCUCCACCGACACGGCCUACAGUCCCAUGCGGCUCGAGCCAAGCUUUCUGCACUGUCUGCCUUGGCGACUUCGGCGAGGUCUGGAGUGGGCGCUCAUGAGGUGUCGCCGCAUGUGGCUGCUCUGAUGCUGCUGUGCUGUUUCGAGAUUCAAGAGGCGUCAGAUACCUCGAGCCAAUGGCUGCAUUAUGUCUCAAGUGUCAAGAGUCUACUCGGAGCUGUUCAACCGAACCUGCUUGGGCAAGACAGCCAAAUGGCCGUCUUAUUGUGUUGGGUUUCUUAUCAUGAUGUAAUGUCCAGGUUCAGUCUCCAUCAUUGGCGGACGCGCAGCUCAGCAAAAGAGAUGCUGCUUGGAGGUCUCGGCAUCCCGGCUCCACAGCCCGACACAUCCAGAGCCUUGAUGACCUCGUCGACCAGAUUCCCAUGCGUGGCCAUGCUAAAAAUGGCAGCAGAGAUCUUCAACGUAGUCCUGGAACCAGACGAGGCGCGAAGUCGCGGCAUCGACAUCCAGAACCUCCUCACGGUCCUCGAGCAGAAGCUCACAAGCUUCCCGCUCCCCGCCGAGCCCGCCGUAGACUCAGCCCAUGGGGGACGCGCAAUGCUGUCGGAGGAUCUCGCCACAAUGGCCAUCUUCCAACUGACGCUGCUCGUGUACCUCGAGCGCGCCGCGGGCGGCCCGCCUGCACAGUCGGGGAAGAUGAAGUCGCGGCUCAAGCGCGCCUUCGCCAUGUUCGCGCGGCUGGAGACUUUUCAGAGGCAGUUCCCCCUCCUGAUCCUGGGCUGCGAGGCGCGGACCGACGCUGAUCGGAUCGUGGUGCUCGAUCUCAUCGCGCGGACGGAGCGGGACACGGGUGUCAGGAGCCUGCAGGGCACGAAGGCGCUGCUACAGUCUUUUUGGGCCCAGGACGAUCUGGCGGAGACGGGGGUGGCGUAUAUUGAUAAGUUCAAUGCUGUUUUCAGCUCUAGCGAUAUUUUGCCGGCUUUUGUCUGA